UUUAGUUGAAGGGUGUGAUGUAUAUAAUCAGCACAAUCCCAAAGCAUUUGGAAAAAAAAUAUUUCCCCAAAUUUUUUUCAAUUAUUUUGUCACUAAAAUUCUAACAAAAUGGGGGGAAUCUCUGGAUUUCUCACAAAUUUUUCCCCAUUUACCAAUCUUUUCGAAUCAAUCCUUGAAAAAAUCCCUGUCAAAUUACCAAUCCCUCUUGAGAAAAUGGUUUCUUAUGUUUCUUAUCCUCGUACUGGUAGGCAUUUGCAACGCUAUGAUAACAGAGGCUUUCGUUUAGUUGUUGGGUGUAUACCAUACAGAUACAAGAAACUUGAAGAGGCAAGUUCAAAUGAAGAAGAGAUUGAAGUGCUUGUGAUCAGUGCACAAAAUGGUAAAGGCAUGUUGUUCCCCAAAGGUGGAUGGGAAAAUGAUGAAUCCAUGGAAGAUGCUGCCAUCCGUGAGACACUUGAAGAAGCUGGUGUCCUUGGCAUUAUUGAAUGCAAAUUAGGGAAAUGGUCGUACAAAAGCAAGAGGCAAAGUAUCUUCCAUGAAGGCCAUAUGUUUCCUUUGCUUGUGAAGAAAGAAUUAGAUCCAUGGCCUGAGAAAAACAUCCGAGAAAGGAAAUGGGUAACCAUCUCCAAAGCUAGAGAAGAAUGCCCACAUUUGUGGAUGAAAGAAGCUUUAGAAGAGUUAGUCCGCCGCCAUAUGCAGCCGCCAACGGAUGAGAAAGUAAAUUGAAAGAACUUGCAAAGUGAAGGGGGAAAAAACAAUUUAUAGCAAUCAUGGGAUUCGUUUAGUGUAAAUUCUAAGUACUUGGUCCACCAUUUUUUGGGUUCUUUCUAUUGGUGCCACAAGUAAGAAGAAAAAUAAAGUUGAAGAACGAUGCAUAAAUGCAUUUGAAGAUUGUAGGCAAAAGAAUCUCGUAUGUACAAAUAUCUUUUGAUUUUUCAAAAUAUUCUUUUGUGUAUGUAAAAUAUAUAUUCAUUCUUUGUACAAAAUUAAUCCCGAUAAUGAUUUUUCAUUUAUUUAUUGUAUAAUUAUAAAA